GUGCUGCAGUGCUCUGCACUGUUGCCAUGGCAGAAAUCUCCCCAUAGUAAUAACCUCUUUCAGGGAAGGUUAAAAAGAGACAGUGCACAUGCUCAGAAAUGCUGCACUUGUUCUGUUAGCAGUUUGCAGCGGCCAUUUCAAAGAGACCAUCACAAAGAGGAGAGAGAGAUCAGCACCCAUUCCCAAGAUGCUGGCACCCUGCCUUCUGCGAAGAGUGGUCCUUACAGUUCCUUUAGUCUUUGUGGUUGCACUGCUGCUUGUGGAGCCUGUUAGAUGUGAUCAAGAAGCGGGAACAGCCAUACCAGCUGAAAGUCGUCCCUGUGUUGACUGCCAUGCAUUUGAGUUCAUGCAGAGGGCUCUGCAGGAUUUAAAGAAGACGGCGUAUAACCUAGACACACGGACAGAAACUCUGCUUCUUCAGGUGGAAAAGAGAAACCUGUGUGACUGUGUAACUGCAAACCUGCUGAACUGAAUCCUGGGGGCCAGCUAAGGAGCAUCACCUCUUCAGCAGUGUUUUAAAUGCAGCUGUAUGAAAUGCAGCUGUAUAAAAUACAGCUUUAUGGAGUUCAUGUUGCAAGCAUGUGUGCCCAAACGUACUGAGGAAAUUGGGGGGCUGUGUCUUAUGUAUUUGUCUGUUCUGGUUUUGGUUUUGUUUGAGGGUUUUUUUAAGAGAACCCUCUUUUCACAGCCGUUGGGUUGCCUGUAAGGGCUCAGUUCAGUAAAUCUGUUACUUGGUAUUGGAGUGGGGGAAAAAUUGACCUGCUUUGACUUUAAAAUGAGACUUGGCCAAGUGUAACCCACAAGAUAAUGAUGGCCAACAGUGCUCUAGAGACACUUGCAGCUGGCUUUUGUCUCUAAUAUGAACAUAAAUCUGUGGCAACUUGAUUGAGUGUCUUUUAUGUGUUUAGCAAAGUCUAAUCAGAUCUUUCCAGUUUUGCAGGGCAGCUGAUACAAUCAAAAGGGAUAUCUGAUUUAAUAUAAAUCCACAGGGCUGUGUCUAGUGAGUUAUCAUCUGGGAAACAAACCUGACCAGCAGAUAGCUUUUCCUGUACUAAGAAGGCUGGUUACAUUGAGACAGGGCGUUGUGGUCUCUAUAGGCUUUGCCUGUGUAUUAAAGAUGAUGGAAGUCCUUUCUGUUUACUGUCUGCACUGUGAUCACAUAUCAGGCAUGUUGUAGUUCUGUCAGCUGCAAUGAGGUAUGUGCCAUGAGGAGUUAUAUGUGUGCUGUACUUGGAGCAAAACAGUUUACAUCUUAGUGCUGAGUUUUCUGGUAUCCUGCAGAAGAGUAUUGUCUUCUUUAAUUAAAACCUUUAGUUUCUUCUA